GAAUGACUGAACUCUGAAUAAGAGGGCGAAUGCAGGAUCCGCACAGCCGCAGUCCCAAUCGAGGGGAAACGGCGUCGUCCACCUUCCCUCGUUGGUGCCCUUGAGCUUAUGCAGGUCAGCCGGCGCCUACCCUUCAGCCUACUUAUCCUUGAGCCAGUCAACGUUGGCUUCCACGCUCCUGCUAGCUCUUCGUCACAAUUUUGUUUGUCUGCGGUCUCGAUUCCGUCUUUGGAAACAACUGACCAUGGGGGUGGACAUGACUGACAACGACAAAGACAAAGAACUGCCGCGUCUAUCAGCUCAGAAGGUUCCUUCAUCAUCGUCUACUUCUUGGUCUCUUCCUCUACCCCUUCGUCGCAUCUUCGAUCGGUUUCCGCUGGUCACAUAUCCCGCAAACGCCUUGCCUCAGCGGGUUCCUCGACAUCGACACGAAAACAUCCUCUGCAUUUUCCAGUCCGAUGAGCCGAGUUCUCGAGAUGGCCCCUCCUUCAAUCCAUCUUGUCUGAAGUGGCAAGCCUACCUCAAAUUCCACGGCAUCCCUCUCCGCACUCGUCCAUCGAACAAUCACGCAUCCCCAACGGGUGCACUACCUUUCCUCCUUCCUGCUUCGAGAGACGCCAGUCGACCAGCUUCUCCCGUUCCCGCCAACCGAAUAGUGAAAUGGGUGAUAUCUCAAGGGGGGAAAGAAGAGGCAAUGCAGUGUCGCCAGGACGCGUACACGGCAUUGAUUGACCAUGCUCUAAGAAGUGCUUGGUUGUACUAUUUGUAUCUCGACGAGCACAAUUUCAAGGCUGUGGCAUGGCCACUGUACGUUGCAUCGUCCUCGUCAUCCUCAGCCGUCCGUCUGAGCCUGGCUCAUCAGCUGCAAGCUGCCGCAAGAGAAGAACUGCUGAAAAUGAAUGCUGUCAUCGACCCCCAACAGCUCUACUCGCAGGCUGAACAGGCCUUUCGAUCAUUAUCUACCCUGCUAGCCGACGAUCAGUUUUUCUUCGGUCAGUCCACUCCGGGCCUCUUCGACGCCAGUCUCUUUGCGUACACGCAAAUUAUUCUUGAUGAUCACCACUCCUUCGAGACACAGACAUUGAACUCGUCCUUGAAGAAGCACCAAAACCUAGUCCAACACAGAAACCGUUUACUGCGGGGCUUCUUCUCUGACUGACAACCGUCAUGCACAUUUUCUGAGAAUCCCUCCAAACCAUACUGUUACGCCCACCCAUUUCUCCGACCGUUGUCCCAGGACUGCAACCAUUGGCUGGUCCACUUUCCGCUCCUCAAUCUGUCCGAGCACUUCAAACCCAUUUUCCGAGGCGGCUACCUCGACUUCGGUCAACGUGUGUGAGUAACUGGUUGGGCGGAUCUUUUCGCCCGUUUUCGGAUCAAUAAAACCAGCCUGACUGAUCUUGCCCAUCUCUGAGUGCAUGUUGGUCAGCACUAAGAUCCCUCCUGGUUUGAGGAUUUUGGCGACUGUGGCGAAAAAGAUGUCUGCGGGGAUAUGUUCGAUGACCAGUGUUGACACCACAGCAUCCGCGCCGACGGCAAAUUCUGGUGGCGAGGACUCUUGCAACAUGUCAUACACCUGGAGCUUCAAUUUACCAUCCGCAUGGAACCUCUGCAGUCGAACUCGUGCCACCUCGAGCAUGCCAGGACUGAGAUCGAGCCCAACUACCGUCGCAGCAUCUUCUACCUCCAGCAAUGCUGCCGUGUUCCUGCCCGUUCCGCAUCCCAGGUCCACCAAGGUCCACGGGCGGGGAUAAGCGAGCUCAUUUUCCAGGAUCUUGAGCAUUCGUGGCAUCAGAAUUUUCAUCUCAAUCGUAUCCAACAUCUGCAGAAAGUUGCCGUCUGUGUCAUACACAGCCGACCAGAGGUCGUAGGCUUGCGUGGUGGAGAGAUAGCGGAUCGUGGGAUCGGAAGACUGGGCGAUUACUUGAGACAUGGUGACACUGCUUGACGUCGAACGAGACUUCGCGUUCAGACACGCUUUAUAGAUGUAGAUUUCGACUCGCACUGUUCACGCCUUGGAUAAGUUGCCAGAUGUAGAUUAGAUUUAGUCUGCAAAAACCGAGUUUGUCGAGUACUGUAUCCCCAACCGUAAACAACGAAGGGGAGAGAAAAAUAUAAACGAAGAGGACCCAGG